AUGCCCGGCGCCCGGGUCGCGGCCCACCUGGACGCGCUGGGCCCCCUGGUCCCCUACGUGCCGCCGUCUCUGCUGCCCUCUAUGUUCUACGUGGGCCUGUUUUUCGUCAAUGUGCUGAUCCUGUACUACGCCUUCCUCAUGGAAUACAUUGUCCUCAACGUGGGCCUCGUCUUCCUGCCCGAGGACAUGGACCAGGCGCUCGUGGACCUCGGAGUGCUCUCCGACCCCGGCUCGGGCCUCUACGAUGCCGACUCGGAGCUCGAUGUCUUCGAUGGUUACUUGGAGUAGGCUUGGCUACCGUCCUCCCCUCCCCCCAACGACCCGCACCCCUCGGCCUGGACCAGCCGCCCAAAUCAUGCCGCCGCUGCUGGUUGGGGGCAUCGUCGGGCCGGGGAUGGGAUCCCCAGGACGAGGCCGC